CUCGCCCUCACAACACACACUCACACUCGCACUGAUGGCCCCCACGAUCAAGGUCGGCGACACUAUCCCGGAGGGAACCUUCUCCUACAUCGCAUACACCCCGGAGCUGGACGACCACUCCGCGUGCGGUAUCCCGACCAAGCUGUCCACGAAGGAGUGGAAGGGAAAGAAGGUCGUCCUUUUCUCCGUCCCAGGAGCCUUCACUCCUACAUGCCACUCUAACCACCUUCCGCCCUACCUUGAGAAGUACGACCAGUUCAAGGCCAAGGGCGUCGACGUGAUCGCUGUCGUCGCGGCGAACGACGCCUUUGUUAUGAGCGGCUGGGCACGCUUCACGGGGCUCAAGGACAAGAUCCUUGCCCUUUCCGACCCGGACGCCAAGUGGUCGGCGUCGAUUGGUCUUGACAAGGACCUGUCUGCCAUUGGCUUUGGCACCCGGACUGACCGAUACGCCUUGAUCAUUGACGAUCUGAAGGUGAAGUACAUCGGGCUCGAGCCAGGAUCCGAGGUCACCGUGUCGGGCGCGGAUGCCGUCCUGGCUGCUCUCUGAUCUGAUCACUUUGGGACUAUUGUGUGAUGUUGUUUUCCAUUCCAGCCAUGACGUAGUGCUCAGUGUUGCUGUUAGAUGUGUAGAUGUACAAUGUAAAUGCAGACAGAUGUUUACUACGC